UUUCAUUUUUUUCCCUUCUCAGAGUUUGAUUGUUAUUCUUGUGUUAAUUUUUUAUUGUUUUGGUUGUUUUUUUUCUUUUUCUUUUUCGUUUAAUUAAUUAGUAUGGUUACUGAUUGUUUUACAUGUAAAUUUGUUCUUCUCGAGAAAUCAAUUGAUUUACCUCAAGAAGAUUGUGACAAUGGUUGUGUCUUUUUUCACUUGAAUUUGGUUGACUUAUUGGAUUCUCAUGGCUUCCAUGAUGGAGAUUGGGUUAACUUGAAUUUGCUUGAUGAUGUUAAUCAUUUAGCCAAAAUUUGUUUCCUCAAACAAUCAAUUAAUUGUUCCACUGAUUGUGCUUUUAUUUCACCUCUUCUUUACUAUAAUCUAUUGGGCUCUGACAAGCAUCUUGACUCUAAUGUUAUCAUGGAUUCAACUUCACUAAAGAUUAGACCGGUUAAUGAUGUAGAGAUUAUCAAAGAGUUUAAUAUUUCCUUGGUUAUAAGUCCAGAUUAUCCACAUUUAAGUGACCUUUUUCAUCUCUAUGAGAAUCUGGUUCAUGAUUAUUUCAGUAAACCAAGAAUUGUCAGACAAAAUGAUAUCAUUGCAAUUGCCAGUUCUAAUAAUCCUGAUUUUUAUCGUCUCUAUGAUGAUCCUGUUUCAAUUCAUUGGCCAAUCAUCUAUUUUUCUGUACAAAAAAUUGACUCAACCACCGUUGGUAAAUGUUUCCAAACUGCACCGGGAAAAACUCACAUCUACAUCUUCGGUAUUGUCCAUUGUCCAAUUCCAUAUGCAGCUAAUCAAUAUUUCAGUGAUAAACCAAAUCUUCCGGUUCCCGAACGAUAUUGUACCACAUUGUGUAACAUGAUUCGACCCUAUUUGUAUCAAUUACGAAAAAGAAUUGGCACCAUUCUCAUCUCAGGCCCAACCGGUUGUGGUAAAUUGUUGAUUAAUCGCAAAGUUGCCUCACGAUUAAAUCUAAACCUCUUUAUCCUUGAGUGUUAUGAUUUACUUGCCGAUACAUCGGUUGCCACUGCUAAAGCUUUAGAAUCUCAAUUGAUUAAAGUGAAAAAUUAUUCUCCUUGUAUCGUUUUCUUGAGAUCCCUUGACCUCCUCUGUUUGGACAAAGAGGACAUACGAGUUGAGGAGGUGAUGAAAAAUUUUCUUGUCUCCUGUCAACGAAAUCGACCCAAUGGUGACCAAGGAAUCAUAUUAAUCGCAUCUACCUCAAAGCCCGUUAAUGAAAUUUUAAGUAAAUUUGGCUUCAUAUUUACAGCAAAUAAUCAUUUGUCCAUCGAUAAUUUAAAUGAAACUGAACGGAAGGAAAUAAUUAACCUAUUACUUAAACCAUGGACUGAAAGUGAAUCUAAUCAAAAGUCAAGGGACGAAGUAGUUAACUCAAUUGCUGGUCAAACCAAUGGCUAUUCUUAUGGUGACCUUACAACCCUUUGUAUUAAACUCAAUCAUUAUGAAGAGACCAAAUUUAUCGAGAUGAUUCCUAGUGUAAUCAAAGAGCACGGAAAGAAAUACGCUCGUUCACUUGGUGCACCGACCGUUCCGAAUGUUUCCUGGUCUGAUAUCGGUGGACUUGAAGAGGCCAAAAAAGAGGUGAUUGAUUGUAUCCAAAGGCCAACUGAUUAUCCGCAACUUCAAAAACCAGGACUUCGCCGUUGUGGUUUCCUUUUAUAUGGACCACCAGGAACUGGAAAAACACUAUUAGCAAAAGCAGUUGCUUCUCAAUUUUCCUACAAUUUUCUAAGUGUCAAAGGACCUGAAUUGAUUAGUGCCUAUGUUGGACAAAGCGAGGAAAAUAUUCGCGCCAUCUUUCAAAGAGCAAUUAAAGCCCGGCCAAGUAUUGUUUUCUUUGAUGAACUUGAUUCUUUAGCUCCGAUGAGAGGUAAAUUUGGCGAUUCUGGCGGUGUGAUGGACAGAAUUGUCUCCCAAAUAGCCUGUGAAAUGGAUAUUGUGGCCAAUUAUUCAAACAUUUUCGUCUUUGGUGCAACCAAUCGACCUGAUCUUCUUGAUUCGGCUUUACUUCGUCCUGGACGUUUCGACCGAUGGGUCUAUGUUGGUCCACCAAGUACUCCAAAGGAAAGGAUCAGUGUUCUUUCAGCAUUAACCAAUAAAUUUAACCUUGACGAUGAACUUGAUUUAAGUACAAUUGAAGCUCAAUUACCUGAAUGUUUAACAGGAGCCGAUUUUUAUUCAAUCUGUUCAACCGCCAUGAUGACGGCUUUACAACGAGCCGUUGAACAGAUUGAAUCAGGUGAAAAGGAAGAGAAAAAAGCUUCAAUUGUGAUAACUGCUGAUGAUUUUGAUUCAGCGUUGAAAAAUUUCACACCAUCAGUAAAGAAAGAGGAAUUGGAUAACUACCAAGCAAUUAGAGCAAGAAUGGAGAGAGAUUAGUUUCAGCAAUUAAGCAGAAACAAAAGCAAUCAACAUCAGUAAACAAUUAACAUAAAUCAAAACCUGUACAGUCAAAUGAUGUAAUAUUUUUCAAUAUAAUAUUUUCAAUCACAACAAACCAUAAUCAAUUGUAA